GCUUUAGUUUAGGACGGUUGGUUACAAUUUGCUCCCAACUAUUGUAGCUAUUUAUAGCCCACAAAAAAAAUAUUAAAUUGCUUAAAUCUGAUAUGACCUGAGUUAGAACCAUCAACAACAAACAGGUUAAGUAACUAGUGGUUAAAUACAGUAAUUUGUUUACACCGGAUAAUUCAGUGCGUUGUAGAUUAUGUAACGGGUAAACCAACCUUGGUAACCCUUUACAAUUCACACUGCUGGAGACUACAUGCGCUUCUAUUUAUGACCGUAAUUAAAACCGAAGAGGAAAGCAAUCAAAUCAAACACAACGUUUGAUAAUUAGUCUAUAAUGACACAUUUUCUUAUAUUUCCAUAGGCCGUAUCAUAUAUCAAGCUACUGAAAAAAACCUCCAGACAAACAUAUAGGCCUGGGGUUUGGGGUUUGCUUGCCUGCCCUCAUAUUUAUUUAGGCAAAUGCGUUGGUUGGGCUAUGUUUUAACCAGGCACUACAGAAUAAAGACCGACCGGCUGCAACAAACAAACGGCCGUGAGUUAUUACAUAAGUCCUGGUGACAUAACCUCUGAGCGGAGCUCGGGCCGACAGCCAGGGCGCAAAGAGCAAGCGGGUUGAAACCGGAGUAGCCUGGACUGCUUGUACAAGGAAGUUCGUUGCAAAAAUGAAGUUGGCUGAUAUUAUCCUCACGUGAAGACAAUACGGAAUAUGGAGAGAGAGUGACAACAGAAAAUGACAAAGACGUUGUCAGAGUAAAUGAGCGUACUGACUCUAACAGAGAUGGUAGUGCAUGUUUUAAAGCGCAUGCGCCGUCCCUGCCUCUAGAGCAGCAGGUAGUUCUAUAUAUUUAGAAUUAAAGAUCCAAAGUUUUUGAAGUUAUUUAUGUUGCAUUGCAUACUAAGUGCACAGCAAAACGCGCGGUAGAAUAUACAAUAAAAAGGGGUGUGUAGACGCUUGUCCCAGGAGUGUGAAGUGGCGUAGUGUGUGUCAGAGCCAGGUGCAAACACACGCAGUUUGUUUUGACUGGGGGAGUUAUGGAAUAUGAGGAGCCCGAAUCACCCGAACACAUCACUACAGAAGAACCAAUCAAAAGAGGAGACACUGUGUCCAAGAAGACUAAUUUGACUCAGAUUGAGGUGAUUCCCUGUAAGAUCUGUGGUGAUAAAUCAUCAGGAGUUCACUAUGGAGUCAUCACCUGCGAGGGCUGCAAGGGUUUUUUCCGGCGUAGCCAGCUGCCGUCCGUGUCCUACUCCUGUUCCAGACAGAGUAACUGUCCUAUAGACAGAGCCAGCCGCAACCGCUGCCAGAGCUGCCGACUGCAGAAGUGUGUGACCCAGGGCAUGAGCCGGGAUGCGGUGAAGUUUGGUCGGAUGUCGAAACGUCAGCGGGAGUCUCUGCGUGCCGAGGUGGAGAGACACCGUCAGCAGCAACAGCAGCAUCUCCAGGCAGAGGCCCAGCCCGCCCUGCCCUACCCCAGCAAGGCAUGCCGUUUCCGGACACCCCACCUGCUCCAGGCCCCGGCACCGGCCUACUCCUUCCCUGGAGAGCCAGAGCUGCCACCCUGCCCGACCGAUGUGCUCCCCUACCUGGUGUGCUCCCCAGGCGAGUCCCAGGCUCCAGGUCUGGCCUACCAGGGCUCCUGUGUGUCUCCUGGUAGUGGGCACUCAGACGAAAGAGGGUUCGACUCCCGUCAGCCGUCUCCUGACCAGACGAUAGGGAUGGGAAUUAGAUCGUAUGACCCAGAAGACCCCUACUGCCCUUACCCCUCCCACUCCCUGCUACACAUAGAGGAGCUGUGUGACAGUAUCGUGCGGUCCCAUAGGGACACCAGUCAGUUCAGACUAGAGGAACUACAGGCUCUGAGAUGGAAGUUGUUCAGCAGAGAGGAGAUCCAUGCCUACCAGAGCAAGUCAGUAGAUGAGAUGUGGCAGCACUGUGCCGUGAGGCUGACUGAAGCGGUACAGUACGUGGUGGAGUUUGCCAAACGCAUCCCAGGGUUCCGUGGGCUUGGACAGAACGACCAGAUCACCCUGCUCAAGACUGGAUCGAUGGAGGUGGUUCUGGUUAGAAUGAGCAGGUGUUUUAACACAGAGAACAGCACCGUCUUCUUCGAUGGGAAGUUUGGCAGCACUGAACUUUUCAAGUCUCUGGGCUGUGGUGAUCUGAUGGUGGCGGUGUUUGACUUCGCUCACAGUGUGUGUGCCCUGAGACUGACUGAGCAGCAGAUGGCUCUCUUCAGCUCACUGGUGCUCAUUAACCCCGAUCGCCCCUGUCUUGAGGAUAGAGGCAGAGUACAUAGAAUGAGAAGAGACUUGGAGGUAUGCCUCAGCCACAUGCUACGCAGAGACAACCAGGAGAGCCUUCAGCACAAGCUCUACCAGAAGGUGUCAGUGUUGCGGUCUCUGUGCAGUCUUCAUGUGGAGAAGCUGCACUGGUUCAGCCAGCGCUACCCGCUCACCGUCCACUCUGUCUUCCCUCCUCUAUACAAGGAGCUGUUCACCUCUGACCUGCCUUCUGUGGACUCCCUGUGAACUCCCUCUGAACUGCACCGUACAUGUUGACAGAUAAUUAGACAAAGAAACAUGCAUACAGAAGUAGACAGACACGCACACAAACACACACAGAAACACAGACACACACAGACACAGACACUCAGAGACACAGACACACACAGAGACACAGACACUCAGAGACACAGACACACACACAGAGACACAGACACUCAGAGACACAAACACACACACAGAGACACAGACACACACAGAGAAACAGACACUCAGAGACACAGACACUCAGAGACACAGACACUCAGAGACACAAACACACACACACAGAGGCACAGACACACAAACAGACACACAAACACACACACGUGUAUACAUUGAUACAUAAGAUUAUUAACUUGUUGAAUAAAUAUAUAUUUUUAAUUUCAGAGAGCAAGGAAAUGAUCUCAGUAGCCUAUUAGUGAUUGGACAUUGAGGCUAUUUUCAUGCACAUUUUUUUUUAGAGAUUGUUGUUUUUCCUUUUUGAGAGUGUUAUCUGAGUGUAUUUCCUCCUUGAGAUGAUGUUAUUUUGACUCAGGGCGGCUGUUGUGACUGUUGGGGCGGCUGUUGUGACUGUAUCCAGACCAGUUGCUAGCUGGUAUAAAUGACCAUAUUUAGAUGAUCACUAUGAAAUCUAAUGGGUGUUUUCUGAGUUGUUUUUAAAUGUGUGACUUUACAGAGUUGGCUAACCCAUCAGACUGAGUACCUGAGCUAUAGCCAAUGGGCCCCACGGUUCAGGACCCAAACACACAGUCAAGUAUAUAGCUAGUCUUCUCAAUGAACUGUGUGUGGAUCGAAUUUGACCAACAAUCCUAUCUGUCUCUAUCCAGCUUUAAAAGAGUCUGUGUGUUGCAUUAAAACAGAGUCAGAAAUCCUAGACAGGCAGAAAUGUAAAUAUGAGCAUCUAUAGAACAUAUAGAACGUAGAUGCUGGGUAAUAUUGCUGUAGGACUACAGUAUGUAGGCAUUUGAAUGACUAACUUUGAGCAUGACUGUUAUUGUAAACAGAUUUCACAAACAUUACCGGUGUGUUUCUUUAACAUUCUCUCUCUGUCUCCUAAGUGUUACCAUGGUGAUUCCCAUGGCUUCCAAUAAACUGCUGACAUGAUUUCAAAAAGGACUGGUGUUCCUGUAUUGUCUGUUUUCCCAUUGUACAAAAUAGGAUGUUUAAUUGCAUGCCAGGAAGGGAGAGAGCUUGAAGAAACAUAGCGGGAGAGAGCUCAGUGCAUGCAGCUGCACACUGGUAGAAUGUACAUGUUUUAACGACACAUCUAUGACAAAACACACACAUUCCUGCUUUGAGCCGUCCUCAACAGUGUGUGUGUGUUUGAUUCAUAGACUACCCAAUGAGCUGAGUGUGUUCUAUCGACAUCUGUGUGUAUUUGUGUGUGAGAGAUCGUGGUGAAAGCAAAGUAGACCCCAGCACACUGCUGAAUGCUGCGGCUUCUUCAUCGACUGCAAUGUCCAGGCUUGAAUCAUAAUUUCCACUUGAGUUUCAAAUGUAACUUAGUCACGCAUUGAUGUCAUUGAGAGUCAAAAUUCAACUUAAGUGGGAGUUAAGAUUCACCCCUUGAUGAACUGCAGAGGCAUUCAGCAGUGUGCAGAUCUGUCGGUCUUUCUUUCAUGACUGUACCUUCAGUACCUCGUAGCUGAAAGUAUCCUAACUGGAUGUGGGUACAGGACACCAUUUCUUAACUGUGUGUGAGAGUGGCAGUGGCUGACAUUCAGCUGAGCUUUGUUGUGUGUAUGGGAAGACUUUUGUUCGGUCUAUGAGUUUGCUUGGGAGAACUGAAGAAUGUUGUUUACUGAGCUCCCAAGGAGAAGUGACUAAGACCGGGGUGAGUUAGGACAUGAUUAAGACAACCACUGUCUCUCCGCCCUAUAACCACAAAUGCUUCAAAUCCGGUCAGAGAGGUUGCCCAGUGUUCAGGGACUAGGAUCAAUCCCACACAGUAACAGUGAGAGGGAGAGUUACAUGUGGUCUCUCUGAGUUGUUUUUUUUGCUGUGCUCUCUGGUCUUUCCUGGGGAAUGUGUGUUCUGUUCCAGCACAAACACACAUUUCUGACGUACUGGUUCUUCUAGACACAUCUCAGAACAAAAAGUCUCAGUCAAAUCUGGCAUUCAAUCUCUGAACCAUCAAAAGUACUAAUUCUGUGAGAUUAAAGUACUGUUUGAAGACUAUCGGUAGAUUGUGCCUUUAGUUUUAGUCAUAUAAGUUAUUUUACUCUUCCUCCUCCUCCUCUUAAUUCUGCUUUUCAUGGGAAGUUCUAAAGCUGAGAAACACUGCUCAGGGACAUUGUGUUUGUGUGUCACCCAUGAAGGGGAGGAGGGAUGAAGGGACAGAGGGAAAGGAAAGGGGUAAAAGGGUGAGUCAAGGGGGAGCCACAGUCUGUGGAUUUACAAUGGAAUCCUUCAGUGUUAACUCUGCACUGGAUUAACUGGGGUGGCAGAUAGCCUAGUGGUUAGAGUGUUGGGCCAGUGACUAAAAGGUUGCUGGAUCAAAUCCUCAAGCUGUUAAAAAUCUGUCGUUCUGCCCCUGAACAAGGCUAUUCCCCGGUAGGCUGUCAUUGUAAGUAAGGAUUUGUUCUUAACUGACUUGCCUAGUUAAAUCAAAUUAUUAUUAUUCUGCGUGUGCACAGUAGCUAUGUUUCUAAUAACUUGUCCUUAUUGGACAUGUUUCUAAUCGUACUUGUCCUGUGAUUCUUAACUGACUUGCCUAGUCUAAUAAAGGUGAAAUAAAAAAAUAAAAUUAUGCCUAUUUCUAUUUUGCCCUGUUUAUCAAAAGUGUUGGAAAAACGUGUCAAUAAUCAACUGACCGACUUUCUUGAUGCCUAUAGUAUUCUCUCGGGUAUUGAAUCUGGUUUCCGCUC